AUGACCGAGCUAGACAACAUGGUCGCUAGCCGCCCAGUCAAGCAUCCUGAUCAAGUCCCCAAGAUUUACGGUACCAACACAAGUCCUGCAGCUGCCGCCUUUUCUUUCCGUGACCUCCUAUGCCAGGCCAUGAUGAUCAAUGGAAGCAUCCAAAGACCCUAUCCAUCACCUACGGCGGCCUAG